GAAGCUGAAAUUUGUAUGGAUAAAAUGUUAAAGUUUUUAUAUGAACAAGAACCGGAAUUUGGGGAAAUUAAUGAGGAAAUAAAAAUUUUAAGAAAUUUAUAUAGACGGGUUAGAUUAAUGGCU